AUGGCUCGAGGAAGAUCAAUUGGAUUACGUACCCAACGCGGGCUUUACAAGUCCGCUACCACGACCGCUCAUCGACGUCCUGCUAACGAAGAUCGAGUUGUAACAGGAUGGAAAUCAAAGAAAAAGGUUGCUAAUCAUGUGUCUUUACGUUUCCCUUUGCCACCUCCAACAGGUGAAUACGAUGAUAUGGAUGAAACACAAUACGAUGUACGUGUGCCAGCACUUCGAGAUACAAAAUCGAAAGAGUCGAAGGAGGAAGGAAUUGGAUCCACCGAUAUAGAAGCUGAUUCAAGAGAAGAACAAGUUCCUACCAUUGCAACUAUGAUGCGAGAGGAAAGGAGAGAAGAACCAAAAUUAUCAGAUAGGAACGGAAAGAAAAAGGAGCCACAAUUCCUGUUCGAAGCGCCUCCACCUUAUGAUCAGAACAUACUAAUGCCGCCAGGACGAAGACGAAUGGUAGCUAUCGAGCUAGCCGACCUACCUGUUCGUAAAGUGGGCGACACGAGAGUACUGGAAGCUAACAGCAGCAACCAGUCAUCAUCUACAGGAACGGCCAUAUCAGAACCUGCCAACAACUCCAAACCGGGUCUACAAGCCGGUUCUUCAGAAAUGACCGGUCCAAUCCGUGUCUCCCUUCCUCCCACGCCGCCUUCAAUGGAUAUGGAGUGCGUCGACCAUAGCUGCGCUACGACUGCUGCUCUGGUCGACGUGCUCAGAGCUUGGAGCCAACUCCAUGAAAAAUUUGGAUAUUGA